CCUCCGUGUAACUACCGCAGCCAAACGUGGACAGAGCUUUGCUCAUAACUAUAACUUCAUCUCUCUCUCUCUCUCUCUCUCUAACUGAAAUGGCGCUAACUGCUUCUGCGACGCUCGCACCUUUCAAUCGCGUGGUUAAGCUUAAGCAAUGGAGCAAUUUGUUUUCUGGGUUUUCGAGAAGAAGUGGGACCGACUUCUCGUUUCCCAGGAAAAAUUCUCAAAGGAAAGGGGUUAGGCCAUUGAAAUUUGCUUCAUCUUCUUCUUCUUCAGUGGAACCCAAUGGACGAGGUGUUGCAGAUAUCUCUGAAGAUGAAGCCUCACGGCGCUUGUAUGCUUGGCCAGAUAACAAGAAACCGAGGGUAUGUAUACUUGGUGGUGGAUUUGGAGGUCUUUAUACUGCUUUACGACUUGAAUCACUUGUGUGGCCUGAUGAGAAAAAGCCUCAGGUGCUUCUUGUUGAUCAGUCAGAACGCUUUGUUUUUAAGCCAAUGCUAUAUGAGCUUUUAUCUGGAGAAGUAGAUGAAUGGGAAAUAGCUCCUCGGUUCACAGAUUUGCUGGCGAGUACCAGCGUGUUGUUUUUCCAAGACAAGGUUAAAUCUUUACAUCCAUGUGAUCAUUUGGGAUGGAAUGGACCUUCAAGUUCUACUUGUGGAGGGACAAUACAUCUUGAAAGUGGUCUUCUUAUUGAAUAUGACUGGCUGGUUCUUGCUUUGGGAGCUGAAACUAAACUUGACCUUGUACCGGGAGCAGCAGAAUUUGCAUUACCAUUCUCCACCUUAGAAGAUGCUCGUAGGGUUGACUACAAGUUAAAAACACUGGAGAGGAGAAACUUUGGUAAGAACUCUCUGAUUCGUGUUGCUGUUGUCGGCUGUGGUUACUCUGGAGUAGAGUUGGCAGCCACAAUAUCUGAGAGACUGCAAGAUAAAGGAACGGUACAGGCAAUCAAUGUGGAAAAGACAAUUUGUCCACUGGCGCCUCCUGGUAACAGGGAGGCUGCACUCAAAGUUCUUUCAACAAGGAAAGUUCAACUUCUAUUGGGUUAUCUUGUCCGCUCUAUAAGAAGAGCGGGAAAUGUGGAAUCUUCAGUGAAGCCAGUUGAGAGUGUAGUCAAGGAAAUUCCUACAGAAAGUGAUUUGGAAAAGUACAUAUUGGAGCUUCAGCCUGCAGAGAGGGGAUUGAAGAGUCAAAUUCUGGAAUCAGAUCUAGUGUUAUGGACUGUUGGCUCUAAACCUCUUCUUCCGCAGGUGGAACCUUGUGACUGGCCCCAUGGGCUUCCCCUAAAUGCUCGGGGUCAAGCAGAAACAGAUGAAACUCUUCGUGUUAAGGGCCAUCCACGUAUAUUCGCACUUGGCGACUCGUCUACUCUGAGGGACUCAAAUGGAAGGGCUCUUCCUGCCACUGCACAGGUUGCUUUUCAGCAAGCAGACUUUGCUGGUUGGAAUCUUUGGGCUGCCAUCAAUGACCGUCCUCUUUUGCCAUUUAGGUUUCAGAAUUUAGGUGAAAUGAUGACUCUGGGGAGGAAUGAUGCUGCACUUUCUCCGACGUUCGUCGAGGGGCUUACGAUAGAAGGUCCAAUUGGUCAUACUGCAAGGAAAAUAGCAUACUUGAUUAGAUUACCGACCGAUGAACAUAGGUUUAAAGUCGGGAUCAGCUGGCUCGCCAAGACUGCUAUCGAUUCAAUUGCAUCCGUGCAAAGCACUCUAUCUAAGGUUCUCUCGAGCCAGUAGAUCAGUACUUCGGGAUGUAAAACAUAAUUGGAGAGCGUUGCCUCUUGUAGUAGUCAUCGCUUUUUAUUUGUACAGUGUUUGUUGUGGUAUAAUGUUGACUACAUGAAUCGUUUAUAUUUUUUAUUUCUAAUGUUGUUCAAAUGGCAAUUUUACUAUGCCUAUGAAUAUUGUAAGUCUACGCUAGUACAACCUAAAUGGGGUUGACCUUGUGAGGAUGAAUUUUUGAGUUUAAAAAAUUGUGUCGUUUGGUUCUUCAUAGAUAGAGGAUCAAUUUUGGAAAGUAAAUACGACAGCCAUUAUUUAAUGUGGCC